CCUGGCGUGGAGACGCCUGACAAGCUGGCGCUCGUCACGUCGGCGACUGCGCAGCUGGCUAAGCUUGCGCGCGACAAGGAAGAGCGCGAACACGGAUCCUUGACUGGCGAGGGCGGGGAGGCUAGAGCAGCCGCUGACGGCAUGGGCAUGAGCAAGAAGGAUGCGCUGAAGCAGGCCAUCAGAGAGGAGAACAAGAAGUUCGGCCCUGGAGACUUGCAGCUGGUCGACCUUCAGGAGAGCGGGGCCAUCUUCUCGAUGAGGAGCGCGCUGGGCAACCGUUUCAACAGGGGGUCCAAGUGCGAGGGUUCAAAGCUCAAGGCGGACUUGGCGAGGUGCAAGCCGGAAGAGGACAUCAUGCAGCUCAAGAAAGAUUGGGCCGACAAGAAGUAUUCGCAGUUGCAGGCAAAACAUAAAGAGAAGGUCGAGCGGUACGAAGAAAGUUUCAUCAAGCAGGGCGAGCUCAUGAGUGCACUUCGGAUGUGCGCAGAAGAAGGCGGCCCAGAAGGGCACAAAGAUCCCGAGACAGUGAAGACGGUCUUCGGGAUCGCAUGUCGGUGUUUGGAGAUGGGGUACCCUUUCGCGCAGAUGUGUCCGCAAUCGCGGCGCGUCAAGUUCAUGUACUUCAGAACGCAAUGGCGCGAGUCUUUCACGAAGAGGUGGGAACUGGUCAGUCGCCACGGCGUGCCGAUUUCGCUGGAUACGAAGCCGACGACCCCGCGGCCGAACAAGAAGCCGAGCCCCAUCGUGGAGGCCAUGCGCUCGGCGAGGAAGUUGGCGACGUCCUGCGCGAAAGCGCUCACUACCAGCAAAGAGAUGUUGGACAACAUCGGCACGAAAAAGGCUUGGUCGUGGGGCAAGACGGGCAAGGUGAAAGGACGCAUCACUCUCCUCCGUGCUGGGCUCACCGAGGGCUUGGAGGCUGCGGAGCUGACGUCGAUGCUGUUCGGCGGGUUCUCGGCCAACGAG